ACCACAUUUACUAUAGAUAUUUCGCUGCCUCAGUGUGACUUUGUCAUGAUUGGCAGGUGUUAUAAGUUGCAAGUCGGCAAGGCGGAGCAGCGCUGAGACGUGGCAGGCCUCAGCCUCCUUGUCUCAAUGAGGCGACGAGAAGGCCUACCUCAGCCUCGUACGUAUAUAAAACCCAACCAACCCCAUACUAUCUACCUUAGAUAGGAGCACCAGGCCAGAUAUGAGCCAAAUAUAAUGCGACCAUAUCACAAGCCCUGAUUAGCGCAAUAGUCUAAUCGAUUAUGGCGUCUAAUCCAACAUCACCGAUGAGCGGCCCGGAUGAAGAAUUCCUCAAGUCUCACGAACUAUUUUUUAGUGCGUUAUCCGGAAAUGACAGGUCUCAAUUCAAGUCUUGUAAAUCGCCAGAGGAACUCUUAGAGGAGGUGAAGAAGUUCUCUCGUUUCAAAGACGAGAAAGGGAGCUGGGCAAGACCCAUCAUAUGCAUUCAGAAGUUCAGCGACAGGCUUGCUCCGUACUUUGAGAUCAUAACUAUAUUUACGCAGUCACACCCGGAAUUGAGUUCUAUAGCCUGGGGGGCAGUGAGGUUGAUAUUACAGCUAGCUCACAACUUCACCUCCUUUUUCGACAAACUGACGGAAAUCUUGGACGAAAUUGGUCGAACAAUACCACGCUAUCAAGAAAUUCUUACACUAGCACCUGGAGAGUUGUCUACUAGAUUUCGUUCAUCUCUAGUUGCUUUUUACCGAGACCUCUUCGAGUUCUUCACAUCAGUUGCAUGUGUUUUUACCCAAAAAAGCGGAAAGCUAAAGCGAACGCCAGUUGUCAUAUCGCAAUUGCUAUGGAAGCCGUUUAGCGUACGGUAUACUAACUUUGUGAAGAGACUAGAUUUCCACGGUGAUGUCUUAGAGGACGAAGAAAAUUUAAUGAGAACAAAAACUCUUUUCCAGAUAAAGAAGUCACAAGAUGAGAUGCUACAUGACGUUGAAGAGCAACGCCAAGAAGAAAAUGAGUACAAGUCGCUACUUUCUAUCAUUCAUGAGAAGGUGUCCGCUGUUGAACUAAAAAACAUUCGCGAUUCUGUAAAAGAUUGGCUACAAUUGCCAUCUUCUGGUGAAAUUCAAGAGCCUUUAUCGGAUGCGCAACGCUUGCGAGAUUCUAAUACGGGCACAUGGAUAUUCGACGACAAUCAAUUUGUUGCCUGGCAUCAGAGUAAUCCUAGUCAUUCUGACCAGUGCCAUCCCCUCUCUAACGCACUCUGGGUUCGAGGAAACCCAGGCACCGGAAAGUCUGUCCUCGCAGCUUCUGUUUUAGACUGGCUCGGAACGUCAGGCCGCCACGAUAGAGACCAAAAUCAAGCCUUGGCAUACUUUUUCUUCUCGUUCAGAUCCCCCCCUACACGACGACUGUCCAAUGCAUACCGAGAAAUCCUCUCACAAAUAUUUCGGCAGUUACAAGAGAAUGCUGCAGUGCUAGAUUGCUUUACCUUUGCCGCAGCCAAGUCGGCAACAAGUUGCGCUAGUAUAAAGGAUCUCCUAGCAUUGCUUAAACUUUUAGCACGGCAUAUUCCUCGGUUUACUCUUCUGUUCGAUGGAUUGGAUGAGUCGGAUGACCCCGAAGACCUUAUUAAGUCACUUGCUACAUGUUUCUCUGGAACCCCGGCUAAGAUGAUAUUCUUCAGUAGGCCGAAUGUUCGGGCUUUAAUGGCAGCACCUCGGAUAGAACAAAUCACCUUGUUACGCCAUUCGGUAGAGGCUGACAUUCGAAUAUACCUGUCCCAUCGACUUGAAGGUCUCCAUGAGAAGCUUCCUCCUAGUUACCCUGAGGAGAAGAUUUUGACACAUUUACUCGACAGUGCAAAUGGAAUGUUUCUUUGGGCUAGGCUUAUGAUGGACUACUUGGAGUCACCAGCUUUAGACCCACCGGAAACUCGAUUAGCUUCAAUAUGGGAGACCACCCAACACGAAACUCUCAACGACAUGUAUAUUCGAAUUCUCCAGCACAUAGGGAAAAAAACGAAGCCCGAGAUAGAUAUGGCUCGCCGAAUUCUAUACUGGUUAUCAUUUUAUGCUCGCCCAAUUGAAGCUGGCGAGCUUUGGGAGGCUAUUUAUAGUCUGACGACCCCUUCUCCACCCCCAGGUCUCACGGAUCAUGUUAUCCCGUCACCAAAGCAAACGGAGGAUUUCGAUCACGCUAUUGUGAUUAUUUCUACUUGCCUUGCCGAGAAGCAUGAAUUUGGAUAUCGACUCGUUCAUCAAAGUGUUGUCGAAUUCUUCAGGACAUGGAGCGAGGAAUUGCUUUGUAAUGACCCCGUUGUCUUACAGUUGUUACUAGAACCAGGCGAGGCACAUUGCUUGCUUGCAAAUGCAUGCCUUUCCUACUUGGUUAACCGCAUUCCUGCACAACCACUUUCUGGGGAUAUGCGGCAAGGAGUCUCGAUGCACAGAAUCCGGUUUGGCUUUCCUCUUGUGAAGUAUGCAUGUUUGUAUUGGACGCACCAUCUUAAGGAGUUUCUCGAAUGCAAUAUGGAUGCAAUCCAGGCUCGCUUUCAGCAUAGUGCACCAUCCGUUACAAGGGGUUUUGUUAACCUCGUCAAGACUUUGUCAAUAUUUCUUGCCAAUAAGCUUUUUGCAAAUACCUGGGUAGAGCUGCAAUAUAUGGUUUGUAAUCAUACAGAUCUCUUAAGACAUAUCAAUGACUUAGGCGACUGUUGUGACCUAAUAGAAUCGCUCCCUACAACAUGCCUUCCAAAGAACUUGCGGGAGUUAUUAGGCAAGAUCACAUAUUUGCAUAGGGAUAUUCUGGCACUAAAUUCAGCAUGGGGUCCAACUUUAGAGGAAAACCCACAUUACAUUUGGAACGACAUUACAGCAUUUCAGGAGAGCUCUUCUUUCAUGAAAACAUCUGCAGUCACAGUGCGAUCCAUGGCGCCGUCGCAAUUCGAUAGCCAGAUACUCACUUCGAAGCCACUCAUCUCUCUCUCAAAAGAGCGAGACGACGGCAAGAUGGUGGGAGUGUUGAGCGUCUGGCCUCCAAAGUCAUUUGAAGAAGCCUGGCCGAAAGCUACGGAGAGUAAAGUCGAAGGCCUAACCUGCGAAGGAUGGAUAGCGCGAUUCGAAGUAUGGGACGUACACUCCGAAGCAAAAGAUAAAGUCAACGACAUUAGGAUCCCUCUAAGUGCGAUUGAAGUCAAAGAUCAUGUUGGCCGAUCGAUUACGCUACGAAAAGUGCUCGAAGGAAGAACCAACCGAACCACGCCGACUGUCUUCAACAAGUGGUCGAUGCCAUUCCCAGCAGCAAUUGGUAGCCAGGUCAAUCUUCUCAUUAUACUAAAUACUGUAUACUUGCUUGACUUGACUCUAAGCGAACCUGUCCAUGAAAUGAGCCUCCCAGCUCCAGAGGCAGACUCAAACUUGAGCGCUACAGAUAGCCAAAAUGGGAAAGCACAAAAGCAGCCAAGGUCCCGCCCUCUGCGCGAAUCUCUCCGCCUAGCUCAAUCUCACUCCUUUAUUAUCAGCAAUAAUAGCCGGUAUAUCCUCAGACUGGAUGCUAGGAGCCUUGUGAGCACAACUGCCGGAGAACCUACCGUAUAUUCCGUCACGGCUAUCACGGUCAACCAAACAGAAAAAAUCUGCGGUGUCAUUGCACAAGUUGGAGGCAAUAAUGCAGGUAUGAACAUUAACUCGUGCAGCUUUCAUCCUACGCUUCCGCUAGCACUGUUUUUUACGAGAGGCUUUGGAGGUGACCGAUCUAUGAUGCUCUGGGCAUUUACUGCAGAAAGCCACAACGGACAGGAUUUUAACAUCUCGACACCUGGCGGCAACCUAGAAACUCUGUCUAAGAUAGAGCCAAGUCAGACUGGAAUUGAGUACCUACAUUUCUCAUCAUGUGGUACAAAUGUCGUCGUCAAAUGCUCUGGUAGACAACUUCCGGAAGUCUACUCACUUCAAACGAAUCCUAUCUACAACCUCAGCAUUCGCCUACAGCAAGAAGACCUAAUAUCAUCAUCGACUACGGAAAUGUCCUCGACAGAUACAUCCUUGUUACAUAGCCCUGAUCAAUCUCGAAUUCACCAAGGACAGUCCUUGAUACGGAACUCAUCGGCCUACAGAGUUAAUCUGUCCCAAGACCGAACGCAAAACCAUCUCGAACUUACCAAAGUAUCGAAUGAUGCAAAGACCCGCCAACACCUAGUUUCAUUUCCAAACUCAUGGACAGAUCUCGACAAUUCCAUCGAUAUUACGCUAUCAAAGGCUAAUGAUGCAGAUCGAAAUGUUAGGAUGAUGAUAAACCAGGGACACAAAAGUUGGUACGAGGCUUCUGAGCAACAGGAGGCACAUUUCCCUAUAAUUGUAGACAAGGAUUCUAGAGCCUUUCUUCCAGCUCAGUCACAAAGUUUCAACAAGUGCCGGAAACGAGACGCUGCUGAGAUGUUGGAAUUUGACGCUCUUUUUUCAGAAGACGGGGAUGAGCUGAAUGCUCCGAAGCAGCGUUUGAUCGGGUAUGGAGGUAAUUCUCCUAAAGAUUAAAGAUCUAGUUCUUCACUUCGCGAUGUUUCUACUAUGUUAGGGAGACCACCAUAAUUAUUAAGUAUGUGACGGGGACUACCGCAAUACGCCACUGGGAACGGAUGUUAGAUAGGGGCAGUUGUUUGGGGGAUUUUGGUGGCGUGUAGAAACGAGAUUCUGUACAUAUCUCAUAUUCAUUUCCUA